CGGGAAGUCGCACGAGGGGAUACUGUCUCUUCUACCCUUCCAUCCUCACCGACGACUAUACUACAUAUGAACAUGACGCGUAUCGCUACCGUAUUCGUGGCUACAGGUUUGCAAGGCAGCUCUGUUGUCAAUGCGCUUCUCGCUGACGGCACCUUCACCCCGCGCGCUGUCACGACGGAUGCGAGAUCGGACGCCGCUAGAGCGCUAGUAGAUAGAGGUUGUGAGGUCGUGGAGGCCAAGUUCGAUGACAGGGAGGCGAUUCAGAGGGCGGUGACGGGCGCGGAGUGUGUAUUUCUGGUCACGCUGUGCUGGAAUGAAGAGGUUGCAGAGCAGACCCAAGGCAUCAACGUGGUCGAGGCGUGCGAGAGCGCUGGCGUCAAGUUCAUCGUCUUCAGCACCCUCCCAAGACUACGAGAUGUGUCGCAUGGAAAGUAUACGAAGGUGUCUGAAUUCGAAGACAAGGCUUCCGUUCAGAAGUAUUUAGAGACAUCCCCAAUACCUUGCGCCUCGAUAUCUCCAGGGUCGUUUAUGGAGAACAUAACCCGAGGAUUCCUCGACUGCCCCUUUGAGAAGACCGACACCGGCUACGUCCUCAACACCCACGAGCCCAAAGGAUGCGUUAUCAUCCAGACCUGGGUUGGACGCGAUAUGGGACGCGCAGUGGUGGCGCUCUUCACCCAGUAUCAGACGCGGCUAGACGAGAUCGACAGGAAGAUGUUUGUGCUCGGCAGCCAGAGGGCAACGACGGAGGAGUUCGCCCAAGGAUUGGCCAGAGGCCUCGAAAAACCCGUAGAAGUCAGGCGUCUGGCAAAGACGGGCGAUCCCGCGAUGGAUGAGCUGUACGAUGCAACAACCGAGUUCGACUGGUCCCCAAGAUUAACGUACCCGACAAGCGCCUUGAAGCGCUCGGCGUAACGGUCGGCACCGUGGAAGAUUUUGCGAGGACGGUACUCAGGGAGCACUUGGGACUCAGCUAGCCUUUACACUGAGUUUGAACAGACUAUGGCUGUAAUGCUACGGCUGUGUUGUUAGUUCGUCAAAGUCCAACAUUUUGUCACGUGUUAAUCACGAUUUCUUCCGGUAAAAUCC